CCAGUGCGACGAGCAUUAGCGGAACCAGUACGACCGCGAGUAGCACAACGGAAACCACAGCACCACGCGCAGCAGCACCAGCGGAACAAGCAGCACCACGCGCAGCAGCACCAGCGCCACAAGCAGCACCACUGUGACCAGCACGACUCAGACUAGCAGCACCACUCGCAGCAGCACCAGCGCCACAAGCAGCACCACUGUGACCACCACGACACAGACAAGCAGCACCACUCGCAGCAGCACAAGCGACACCAGCAGCACAACCGUGACCAGCACGACGGAAACCAGCAGCACCACGCGCAGCAGCACCAGCGCAACAAGCAGCACCACUGUGACCACACGACGCAGACCAGCAGCACCACUCGCAGCAGCACCAGCGCCACAAGCAGCACCACUGUGACCACCACGACACAGACAAGCAGCACUACUGUGACAAGCAGUAGCGCCACAAGCAGCACCACUUUGACCAGCACGACGGAAACCAGCAGCACCACGCGCAGCAGCACCAGCGCAACAAGCAGCACCACUCGACACCAGCAGCACCAGUGCGAGCAGCACCAGUGCGACCAGCACGACUCAGACCAGCAGCACCACUCGCAGCAGCACCAGCGCUACAACAGCACCACUGUGACCAGCACGACGGGAACCAGCAGUACCAGUCAGAGCAGCACUACGGGGUCGAGCAGCACCAGUGCGACCAGCACAACCGAGUCCAGCAGUACGUCGUUGACCAGCAUAACUGAGUCGAGUAGCAGCACGUUGACCAGCAUAACUCUUACGAGCACCUCCACGUUCACCAGCACGACGGGCACAACCAGCAGCACGACGGAAUCGAGCACCACAGAGACGAGUAGUUCCACGCUCACCACCACAACGGGCUCGAGCAACACAGAGUCGAGCAGUAUCACAUUGACCACCACGACUAAGUCGAGCAGUACCUCGCUGAGCAGCACCAGUUUGACGAGUACGACGGGAACCAGCAGCUCCAGUGUGACCAGCACGACGGGAACCAGCAGCACCACUGUGACCAGCACGACAGGAACCAGCAGCACCACUGUGACCAGCACGACGGGAACCAGCAGUACCAGUCAGAGCAGCACUACGGGGUCGAGCAGCACCAGUGCGACCAGCACAACCGAGUCCAGCAGUACGUCUUUGACCAGCAUAACUGAGUCGAGUAGCAGCACGUUGACCAGCACAACGCUUACGAGCACUACCACGCUCACCAGCACGACGGACACAACCAGCAGCACGACGGAAUCGAGCACCACAGAGUCGAGUAGUUCCACGCACACCAGCACGACCGGCUCGAGCACCACAGAGUCGAGCAGUAUCACAUUGACCACAACGACUAUGUCGAGCAGUACCUCGCUGAGCAGCACAUCCGAGUCGAGCAGCAUCUCGUUGACCAGCUCGACUGGGUCGAGCGUCUCGCUGACAAGCAGCACAGGGUCGAGCACCACGGAGUCCAGCAGUUCCACGUUGACCAGCACGACUGAGUCGACGACCUCCGGCUCGAGCACCACUGAGUCAAGCAGCACGACUCUGACCAGCACCACAGGGUCGAGCAGCACCACGCUGAGCAGCACCACUGAGUCGAGCAUCACCAGGUCCAGCACCACAGGGUCGAGCAGUACGUCGCUGACCAGCACGACUGAGUCCAGCACCACGGAGUCGAGCAGUACCACACUGACCAGCACUUCUGAGUCGAGUACCACCGGCUCGAGCACCACUGAGUCGAGCAGUACUUCGCUCACUAGCACGACUGAGUCGAGCACCACAGGAUCCAGCACCACAGAGUCAAGCAGCACCACGCUGAGCAGCACCACUGAGUCGAGCACCACUCUGUCCAGCACCACUGCGUCGAGCAGUACCUCACUGACCAGCACGACUGAGUCCAGCACCACGGAGUCAAGCAGUACCACACUGACCAGCACCACUGAGUCGAGUACCACCGGCUCGAGCACCACUGAGUCGAGCAGUACUUCGCUUACUAGCACGACUGAAUCGAGCACCACAGGAUCCAGCACCACGGAGUCAAGCAGCACCACGCUGAGCAGCACCACUGAGUCGAGCACCACUCUGUCCAGCACCACUGCGUCGAGCAGUACCUCACUGACCAGCACGACUGAGUCCAGCACCACGGAGUCAAGCAGUACCACACUGACCAGCACCACUGAGUCGAGUACCACCGGCUCGAGCACCACUGAGUCGAGCAGUACUUCGCUUACUAGCACGACUGAGUCGAGCACCACAGGAUCCAGCACCACAGAGUCAAGCAGCACCACGCUGAGCAGCACCACUGAGUCGAGCACCACUCUGUCCAGCACCACUGCGUCGAGCAGUACCUCACUGACCAGCACGACUGAGUCCAGCACCACGGAUUCAAGCAGUACCACUCUUAGCAGCACCACUGAGUCGAGUACCACCGGCUCGAGCACCACUGAGUCGAGCAGUACUUCGCUUACUAGCACGACUGAGUCGAGCACCACAGGAUCCAGCACCACAGAGUCAAGCAGCACCACGUUGACCAGCACGACCGAGUCUACGGCUACUUGGUCUAGCACGUCGGAGUCGAGCAGUACUUCGCUGACCAGCACGACUGAGUCCAGCACCACGGAGUCAAGCAGUACCACACUGACCAGCACCACUGAGUCGAGUACCACCGGCUCGAGCACCACUGAGUCGAGCAGUACUUCGCUCACUAGCACGACUGAGUCGAGCACCACAGGAUCCAGCACAACAGAGUCAAGCAGCACCACGCUGAGCAGCACCACUGAGUCGAGCACCACUCUGUCCAGCACCACUGCGUCGAGCAGUACCUCACUGACCAGCACGACUGAGUCCAGCACCACGGAGUCAAGCAGUACCACACUGACCAGCACCACUGAGUCGAGUACCACCGGCUCGAGCACCACUGAGUCGAGCAGUACUUCGCUUACUAGCACGACUGAGUCGACAGUACUUCGCUCACUAGCACGACUGAGUCGAGUACCACGGGCUCGAGCACCACUGUGUCAAGCAGCACGACGCUGAGCAGCACGACAGAGUCGAGCACCACUCGGUCGAGCACGACCUCUCUCACCAGCACGACUGACUCCAGCACAAGCGUGUCGACCACAUCUGAGUCAAGCACUAUCUCCCUUACCAGCACGACUGUGUCGAGCACCACAGGAUCGAGCACCACGGAGUCAAGCAGUAC